AUGAUCACGGGGCACCUCCCCACCCUCUGGCUCCCCCCGGCAGGGCUGGAGUACAGCGACGUGCUGCCCGACUCCUUCCCCUCAGCGCCGGCAGAGACCCUUCCUCACUUCCUGCUGGAGCCACAGGACGCCUACAUCGUGAAGAACAAGCCCGUGGAGCUCGUGUGCCGCGCCAACCCUGCCACCCAGAUCUACUUCAAGUGCAACGGGGAGUGGGUCAACCAGAACGACCACGUCACCAAGGAGAGCCUGGACGAGGUCACCGGGAUGCUGGUGCGGGAGGUGCAGAUCGAGGUCUCCCGGCAGCAGGUGGAGGAGCUCUUUGGCUUGGAGGAUUACUGGUGCCAGUGCGUGGCCUGGAGCUCGGCGGGCACCACCAAGAGCCGCCGCGCCUACGUCCGCAUAGCCUACCUACGAAAGAACUUUGACCAGGAGCCGCUGGGCAAGGAGGUCCCGCUGGAACAGGAGGUCCUGCUGCAGUGCCGCCCACCCGAGGGGGUCCCACAGGCCGAGGUGGAGUGGCUGAGGAACGAGGACGUCAUCGACCCCUCCCAGGACACCAACUUCCUGAUCACCAUCGACCACAACCUCAUCAUCAAGCAGGCCCGGCUCCUGGACACCGCUAAUUACACCUGCAUGGCCAAGAACAUCGUGGCCAAGCGCCGGAGCACCACGGCCGCUGUCAUCGUCUACGUGAACGGUGGCUGGUCCACCUGGUCCGAGUGGUCUCCUUGCAACAACCGCUGUGGCCGGGGCUGGCAGAAGCGCACCCGGACCUGCACCAACCCCGCACCACUGAACGGCGGCUCCUUCUGCGACGGGCAGCCUUUCCAGAAAAUCACCUGCACCACCCUCUGCCCAGUGGACGGCGCGUGGACGGAGUGGAGCAAGUGGUCAGCGUGCAGCACCGAGUGCACGCACUGGCGCAGCCGCGAGUGCGCCGCCCCGGCCCCCCGCAACGGCGGCAAGGACUGCAGCGGGGGGCUCCUGGACUCCAAGAACUGCACCGACGGGCUCUGCCUGCAGAAUAAAAGAGUUCUAAGCGAACCCAAAAGCCACCUGCUGGAGGCCACAGGCGACGUGGCCCUGUACGCCGGGCUGGUGGUGGCCAUUUUCGUCUUCAUCGUGAUCCUCAUGGCCGUGGGGGUGGUGGUGUACCGGAGGAGAUGCCGGGAUUUCGACACGGACAUCACGGACUCGUCGGCCGCUCUCACCGGGGGAUUCCACCCUGUCAACUUCAAGACCUCCCGGCACGACAACCCCCAGCUGCUGCACCCCUCGAUGCAGCCGGACCUGACGGCCAGCGCGGGGCUGUACCGCGGCCCCAUGUACGCCCUGCAGGACUCCUCCGACAAGAUCCCCAUGACCAACUCACCCCUGCUGGACCCCCUGCCCAACCUCAAGAUCAAGGUGUACAACUCCUCCACCGCCUCCUCCUCCUCGCCGGGGCUGCACGACGGCACGGACCUGCUGGGGGGGGUCCCCGCCACCGGCACCUACCCGGGGGACACCGCCAGGGAGGGGCACUUCGGGAACGUGAGGAGCAAAGCCCUGGGCUCCCAGCACCUCCUGGGCUUGCCCCGGGAGCACGGCUACAGCGCCAGCGGCACGUUUGGCUACCUGGGGGGAAGGCUCACCGUGCCAGGCACUGGGGUGAGCCUGCUGGUGCCCCACGGGGCCAUCCCCCAGGGGAAGUUCUACGAGAUGUACCUGGUCCUCAACAAGGCGGAGAGUGCCCUCCUGCCCUCCGAGGGCACGCAGACGGUGCUGAGCCCGGCAGUGACCUGUGGACCCACCGGCUUGCUCCUGUGCCGCCCCGUCGUCCUGACCAUUCCCCACUGCGCCGACGUCGGCUCCUCGGAUUGGAUCUACCAGCUGAAAACACAGUCCCACCAGGGAAACUGGGAGGAAGUUGUGACCCUGGAUGAGGAGACCCUCAACACUCCCUGCUACUGCCAGCUGGAAGCCAAGUCCUGCCACAUCUUGCUAGACCAGCUGGGCACCUACGUCUUCGUGGGAGAGUCCUACUCCAGGUCAGCCAUCAAGAGGCUCCAGCUGGCCAUCUUUGCCCCCACGGUUUGCACCUCCCUGGAGUACAGCCUCAAGGUCUACUGCCUGGAGGACACGCCAGAUGCUCUGAAGGAGGUGCUGGAGCUGGAGAGGACACUGGGAGGGUACCUGCUGGAGGAGCCCAAGCCCCUGCCCUUCAAGGACAGCUACCACAACCUGCGUCUCUCCAUCCACGACAUCCCCCACGCCCUGUGGAGGAGCAAGCUGCUGGCCAAGUACCAGGAAAUCCCCUUCUAUCACAUCUGGAGCGGCAGCCAGCGAGCCCUGCACUGCACCUUCACCCUGGAGAGGUACAGCCAGGCCUCCACCGAGCUCACCUGCAAGAUCUGCGUCCGGCAGGUGGAAGGGGAAGGGCAGAUCUUCCAGCUGCACAUCACGCUGGGAGAGCACUCCAGCUCCUUCGACACCCUCCGCUCCCACCACAGCGGUGCCACCCCCACCACCCAGGUGGGACCCUACGCCUUCAAAAUCCCCCUCUCCAUCCGGCAGAAGAUCUGCAACAGCCUGGAUGCUCCCAGCUCCAGGGGAAACGACUGGAGACUUCUCGCCCAGAAGCUCUCCAUGGACCGGUACCUGAACUACUUCGCCACCAAAGCCAGCCCCACCGGGGUGCUCCUGGACUUAUGGGAAGCCGAGCACCAGGACGACGGUGACCUCAACACCCUGGCCAGUGCCUUAGAGGAGAUGGGCAAGAGCGAGAUGCUGGUGGUCAUGGCCACGGAGGGGGACUGCUGAUGAUGCUCCCACGGCUGGUGGACCAGGAGGACGAAACGGGGGGUGAGGAGUGGUCCUUCCCCGACAGCUGGGGGGGGGGACCACACGUCCAUCCUGAGCGAGGAAGGGCGGAGACCGUCGCUCCUGCUCCCUCCCCACGUCACUGUCAGCCUUAGAGACCCGUCCUCAGCGUUUACAAGCAAUCCAAGUGUUACGCAGCGUUCCUCUUCCUCCUCCUCAUGGCACGGGGAGGAAUUAGGGCUUCUUGAGUCGGGAUGGGGGCUUUCCUUUUCCUUCUUCUUUUGGGUUCCCCUCCUCCUCCUUUAAUAGCAUUUCUGCGUUGAAGAGACGAGUUCAAUCCAGGCAAAUGGCUUAACUCCUGUCAAAGGCUUCAGGCAGCUUAGCGAGGCAAAUAAGAAAGGAAAAAAAAAGGAAAAAAAAAAAAAGUUUCUUAGGAAACGCAAAUAAUUUAUUAUCCAGAUCUUUGGAUGUGUCCUUUU